AUUUAUUUAUUAUAAACAAAUAAACAUUAAACAAUACCACAUCGCGGCUAAAAAAGAACACAGCGCGCAAAGUUAUGCAGUUUUCUGAUGAUCAACAAUCACGAUCCGCUAGUAGCAGAGAAGGCUUGCAGCAAGCUGUUGUUGUUGGAGGUAGUGGUGAUAAAGUUGUUGAAGGUGGGUCCGGAGAUUUACAGCAAAAACUUGAGGCAGGUGCUGUAAGUAAUGUAUGGGAUUAUGAGGAGAUUUUAAACGUUUUAGGUUUUGGAAAAACGCAAUGGAUUUUAUUAUUAAUCAGUGGCUUGUUGACCAUGACUUCUAUGGCGGCUCAGUUGUCGGUAGGCAUUAUAGCUAUAUCUUCCCAGUGUGAAUUCGAUAUGUCUCAGAGUGAAAAGGGUGUUAUGAUGGCAGCAUGUGUGACUG